CACUACUGACGUAGCUAUGCGAAAUUCCCGGAUGUUGACAGUUUUCGACUCGCGGGAAAAGUGGCGACGCCAUUUUUCAUGUUUAUAUUUAUUAAAUUAAGGGUGCUAUUGAUUUAAACUAAACAAUGAAGAACCAGUCAGUAUAUGAAGCAUUUUAGACUAGUUUUUUUAUUUGUGAAUAUUUUUUUUACAAUAAUUAAAAAAAAAAUUAAUGAAAUUAAAAAAAAAAGUGUUUUUUUUUUAUUUGGCCGAACUUUCGUAAAAAGUUCGUCAUUUUGUAGAUCUAAUACGUGCUUCAGGUUGUUUUGUCAUUUAAAAAGUUUGUUUAUUCUGGAAGAUAAUUUAAAUGGCCAUUUUGUCCAAGAUGUAUAACAACCAUCAACAAAAUAGGCGCUUAAUGAACUUUGAUUCUGAUUCUUAUAACCAAGCCUAUGGUGGGGAAUAUACAGAUGUCUAUCAUGAGACCAACAGCUAUGUACACCAGCCCACAGUAAAUAACUAUGCAACACAGAAUGACAGUUAUACCACUACAUAUCAGUAUGAUGAUUAUGCUAAUGAGGGUACUGAUGCUGACUACUAUGAUUAUCAAUCUCAAAAUAAUUUAGCCUCUGAAAAUAGUUACACGACGUCAAAAGAGUUUUACCCACCUGCAAAUCAGUAUCAGAGUAAUUUCAACCGCCAACAACCAGGAAACUCAAUUAAACCUCCUCCCAAAGGAAUACUAAAGACAAGUAGAUCACAGCCAAGCAGAGAUUGGCAAUAUAAAAAUGAAAUGAGACCUAAUGAUAGUGGUGAAUAUAUGGACACCUGGAAUAUGACAUCUGAUACAGAAUCUGCUACCAAUAAAUUGAUGGAUAAUGCAGACAUUAAAGAGGAAAUUGAGGAAGAGAAGAAGGAAAAAGAAGAGGAAGAAGAUGAUGAUGAUGAGCCUAUUAUAACACAUUCUAAAGGCUUAAUGAAUACAUUGAUUGGACUUUGUGGACCAGAAGUUAAAAAUAGAAAGCCAGAUCCAUUGCCCCCGCCACAGCCAAUGAAAUUGGAAAAUGAAGAAGAAAAAUACCUGGGAAAAAAGAGUAGUGAGGCUAUAACUUACUCAGAUGACUAUUUGGAGUAUGGCAUAACUGAAACAAUGCUGGAAGAAGCAAAUUUAGAGAUGGAUGAUGUCCCCUGCCAUGCAAGAGAUUUACUUCCAUCAGACAUUGGUAAAGAUGCAGAUAAACCAGAGUUAUUUUGCAAGCUUUGCCAGGUUCAGACAACAUCAAUGGGGAAUUUUCGUGAUCAUCUGAAUGGGAGAAGCCAUAAAAAUACUUUAGAAGCAUUCAAACAAGGCAAAAAAGUGUCCAGCAAAAAGAAAAGAAAUAUGGUUGAUCCUGCUAAUGUUGGGCAGAAGUCAGUCUCUCUGGAACUGGUUGAAGGUCUCUUAGAACCUAUCUUAGGACUAUCUUACAUCACAGAAUACCAUAGCCUUUCUGGCAUUCUCUGUGUGUGCAACCUGUGUGGCGUCAAAUUUGAUCGUAAUAUUGUAGUUUCUCAUGUUACUGGAGUCAAGCAUAGGUUACAUUACAUGAAGGAAAAGAAGCCAGCUGUUUAUGUCCACCUGAAAAAGUUUGGUGGCAAAAAAUCGCAGCUUUCUUCUUUCUUGGAUGAGCUGAGUGUAGAUGCUGAGAAAGAAGAUGGACGUGGAGUGCCAACCAUUAAGAUUUUUGAGCUGCCAGAUGGUACUGAAGAAGGUGCAGCUGAAAAACAUGUACCUCCUGAAGACAAAGAAAUGCAUGAGGCAACAUUGGCAUUGAAGCGUCAUGAAGCGAUGUUGGCUCGUAGAAAACCCGGGGCUAUAUCAUUCCAAGAAUGGGUUAACGAAGAGUUUAACAAAUCGAAAAGUAACAAAAAACGUUCACCAUCGCCAAGUUCUAUACCAAUUAGUAGACCAGACAUAGGAAAUCAAGGUACUCAAAAUCAAGGUACUCAAGGCAACAUAAGACCUCUAAUGAGUAUUCCGAGUGUCCCAGCUGGUGCAAGACCUUUAAUGAGUAUUCCGAGUGUCCCAGCCAGUGUAAGACCUUUAAUGAGUGUCCCAAGUGCCUUGGCAACUGCAAGACCUUUAAUGGAGGAUGCAGCAUACAGAGGACAACCAAUAGAUACUUUAAUUUCUGCUCCUCUUGCAUUGCCAACUGAUUUACCACCAAGGACACCUUUUCCACAGCCACCUUUACCAUAUGAUCCCUAUUUAGAUCCCACUAGAUUCAGACCUGAACCAUUCAGAGAUCCUUUUGAGGCAGCUAGAUUGGAUCCUUACGUUUUGAAAAGUUAUCCAUAUCCUGAUCCUGUCCAACGUUUUCGAAGGGUUGACACUUCUCUGGACCCAGACCCUCUAAAGAGAUGCCCACCCAAGAAAGAUACUAUAAUCAUAGACUAUGGACACGGGCAAAGCAAAUCAAGUGACGCUGAAUCAAGCUCAAAGUAUACCAUAAAAUCAGAUGGCAGGGAUGAAUCAAGGCAUAGAGAGGAAAAAAACAAAAGUGUAUCCCGCACUGUUGAUCAAUGGGAAAAUGAUAUUCUGAGAAUGCAGAAUAUGAAUGUGAAAGCACCAGAUAGUUUAGCCAUGCUUAGCAGCACAUACUCCUCACCUGAGAAGUCACCAUCUCCUUCUCGAGGUAAACAGCCAGUGAAGCACAGAGAACUUCCUUUUUCAAAAUCAUACCUGGAGUCAUCUAAAUUAAAAAGUCUUGACAAACACAGACGUUCACAAGAUCGCUAUGAUUAUCAUCAAAAAAAGCAGAGGAGUCCAGAAAGUGAUUUGUCUAGAAAAUAUGGAAGCUCUUCCCAUUCAAGAAAUAGAUCAAGGAGCCCUGAUACUGCAUCUAGAAGACAUGAUCAGUACAGAGGUUACACUAACGAUACGAAAUAUGAUUCUACUCUUAACCAGAGAAGAAGUUUCAAAAGUCCAGGAGUUGGUCAAGGAAAAAGAUCUAGGAGUCCACCACCAGUUAGCCAUAGCAGACGCUCAAGAUCUAGAAGUCCACUUGCUGGCAAAAGUAGAAGAUCAAAGAGUCCAAAUAGUAGUCGCUCAAAACGAUCUAGAAGCCCAUCUCUUGGCAAAUAUAGUCAUAGAGCCAGUAGUUCAAGUCACUAUUCACGUUACGAAUCUGAAGCAAGUAACAGACAAAGACCAAUAAGAAGCCCAGAAGUUUUAAGAAAUAGUAAGAAGCGUGAAGAAUCACCUUCUCAAAUUAAAAGGGAGAUGGAUGUCCUUGAUGCCAGAAAAGAAUUUGAACGAAAUAGACAUGCCAAGCAAUUACAAGAAAUCUUUACUGAAGAGAAUGAAGAUGUGCAAGCUGAAAGAAUUGCAGAGCUUUUGGUAGAAAUGUCAAGCUCCUGGGCAAGUGAUAUGGAACAUGGUGCUUCAGCCCUACAGAAGCUUUUGUCUAAUGCUGCCAUCCAAAAUGUGUUAAUGUCUAGUAAAAGCAAACCAGAGAGUUCAAGUUCAUCAGGCCAAUCCAGAACAGCUUCACGUCUGCCCACUUCAUCAACUCACCAGCCUAAGCCAAGAGAUAAAGUGGCCUUUUCAUUGUCAGGUAACAGGGGGACCUCAAAGCCAAAUACACUGCCAUCUGACUUUGGAGAGAGUAGUGAUAGUUCCUCAUGACUUGUAUGAAUACUCUCAAUAUUGGAUUAUGUAAAUGUCAUUUUCACAUCACUAUUGUCUCAGUACUUCAUGUGCAUUUUAUUGAGAAAAACUUGAUAAAAAAACAACACAUUAACUUAAUUUCUUUUAGUUAAAUAUAUUUUUCAUAUAUGUUCAAUAAAUGAAAAUGUUGAGGAUUACUUUUCAUUGUGGAACUCAAUGACUAUUUGAUGAAUGACAUUGUACUAAUUGUUGUUUGUUUUUAACAUUUCACUCAUUGAAAAGGAAAUGUUUUGAAAGUUUGUAAGCAAUCAUUUGUUUUAUUACUUUAUGUCAUUUCUCAAAACCACAAAAUCUCAACAACAAAAAAAUACAACCAACUUUUGGUGUGUGUGUGUUUUUUGUUGUUGUUGUUCUUGUGCAACAGCAUAAGAUUUUUAAAAUAGGUCAGUGCAAUUAGUCCAAUUUCACCAUACUAUGCCCAGACAUAUGUCCUGUAGUGUUUUAAGGCAAUGUUUAUACAUUCAUUUUUUUACAAAAUAUAUGCAGUACUGCCAACCUAAAACUUUUACACCAAGUGACCAGACCCAUGAAUAUGUUUUGUUAGCCAUUAUUCUAUACACAAAUGGCCUCUAAGGUCUCCUUGAUUUCAGUGUGCAUUGUAAAAGAUACUUGUCAUUCUAGAUAACAGAGGGGCACAGGAGGAGUGUGCCUAAACAGUUUGAGGAUGGUAGGGUGAAAAUUCAGUCUGGCUAUACUAGAUCUUACUUACUAAGGUAGCUGAUGGCACAGUCUAUCUGUUAUGUUAUGAUAAUUGGCUAGAAAUGAGUUUCAAAAGUUUGUGUUUAGCCUUCAUUGUACAAGUGAUGUUACAUUGUAUCAUUUAGCAUUUGAUGUUUAUAUUUGUUUGUUUGUUUAAUAGUUUAUCAACUACUGUAAUCUAAAAUUGUUCUUUUACCAAUGUAUAAGUCUAGAUUUAAAAGUAAAAACUAAAAUGUGUAAAGUACCCAGCCAACAAUAUUUUUAAAAAAGUUCAACUUUCUAUUCAUUUCAGUAAUAAAGUAUUGAGCAGUU